AUGGAAAUGAUGCAGAAAAUUUCGUGUUUAGUUCUCCUCGUCUUUGGCUUAGCCCAGUCUUCAGUAUUGCCAGUGGAAAAAUGCACGCUCACCGACAAAUCCUGUAUGAUUACGGCAGUGCAAAAGAUGGUACCAGUUUUCACGGCAGGAAUGCCAGAAAUUGGUGUUGAAGUUUUAGAUGUAAUGAAAAUGGAUGAUGUGAAAUUUGAAUUGUCCGGUCUUCAAUUCAGCUUAAAUGAUGGUACGUUAAAGGGGAUGAAGACUGCAGUUAUUGAUGAUCUCAAUUGGGAUCUCAAAAAGAAAGUGUUUACUAUAGAUUUUCAUGUUGACGCUGUUGUCAAGGGACACUAUAUUGCUGCUGGACACCUUUUAAUUCUGCCUAUCAAUGGGGAUGGCCAGCUUAAACUAAAAUUAAAAAACCUGAAAAUCAAGCUUGUAAUCUCCUAUCAAGAAGUGAAGAAUGGCGAAAAAGAUCAUUUUAAGCUUACUAAGCAUAGUGUGGACUACAAAGUCAUAGAUAAUGCUCACUUCAACUUAUCUAAUCUAUUCAACGGGAACAAGGAACUAAGUGAGCCUAUGCUAAAAUUUAUGAAUGAAAAUUGGAAGCAAAUUGCAGCAGAAUUUGGAAAGCCUUUGGUUGAUAGUGCUGCGAAUAAGCUAUACCAAAACAUUGUUGUCGUCUUCGAGAAACUACCAAUAGGAGACAUUGCUAAUGUUUAA